CACUUUACUUUAGCAUCGUUUUUGAGAGAGAAUUAAUUUUGUUUCUUAUAUUUAAUUUUGACUGUCUCUUUAUAUUUUCUUCUCACAUUAAUUUGUUGUUUUUUCAUUGGUAAUCGUCUUUUUAAUCAUUACUAAUUAUGGCUGCUAAUGAGCCUAAUGAUGAUCCAACUCUUUAUCCAAUUGCUGUUCUCAUAGAUGAAUUAAGAAAUGAAGAUGUACAGAUCCGACUUAACAGCAUCAAAAAAUUGUCCACCAUUUCAUUGGCGUUAGGUGUUGAAAGAACUAGGUCAGAAUUGAUUCCUUUUUUAACUGAAACCAUCUACGAUGAGGAUGAGGUUCUUCUUGCACUGGCAGAACAGUUGGGAAAUUUCACACCACUAGUGGGUGGUGUAGAAUAUGUUAACUGUCUUCUACCUCCAUUAGAAUCAUUGGCAACCGUUGAAGAGACAAUAGUUCGUGAAAAAGCCGUUGACUCUUUACGUAAUAUUUCGCAACAACAUUCACCUCAAGAUCUAGAGACUCAUUUUGUUCCUCUAGUCAGAAGACUUUCUAGUGGUGAUUGGUUUACAACUAGAACUUCAGCAUGUGGUCUUUUCAGUGUCUGUUAUCCUAGAGUGUCAGCUCCAGUCAAAGCAGAGCUUAGAACCAAUUUCCGAGCUUUGUGUCAAGAUGAUACUCCAAUGGUUAGAAGGGCAGCUGCCUCGAAACUGGGUGAAUUUGCCAAAGUCUUAGAACCAGAGUACCUUAAAUCGGAAGUCAUAUCACUUUGGUCACAUUUAGCUGGAGAUGAACAAGAUUCUGUUCGUUUAUUGGCUGUUGAGGCAUGUGUUUCUCUUGCCUCCCUUUUACCCCAAGAAGAUCUGGAACAACAAGUUAUGCCCAUUUUAAGACAAGCGGCUGAAGAUAAAUCAUGGAGAGUUCGUUACAUGGUUGCAGAUAAAUUCGUUGAACUUCAAAAGGCUGUAGGCUCUGAGCUUACCAAGACCGAUCUUGUCCCCGCAUUCCAAAACUUGCUCAAGGAUUGUGAAGCUGAAGUUCGAGCUGCUGCGGCACAAAAGGUCAGAGAUUUUUGUCAAAAUCUUGCCCCAAGUUGCCAAGAAACUAUCAUUAUGAACAAUAUAUUACCCUGCAUAAAAGAUUUGGUCGCUGAUCAUAAUCAACAUGUUAAAUCAGCUCUUGCUUCUGUGAUUAUGGGUCUAUCUCCAAUUUUCGGUAAACAAAAUACUGUGGAGCAUCUUCUCCCUCUUUUCCUUAUACAACUCAAGGAUGAAUGUCCGGAUGUCCGAUUAAACAUUAUUUCCAACCUUGAUUGUGUAAAUGAAGUCAUUGGUAUUCAACAAUUGAGUCAAUCUUUACUACCAGCAAUCGUUGAACUGGCAGAGGAUUCUAAAUGGCGAGUUCGGCUUGCAAUAAUACGCUACAUGCCUUUACUAGCUGGUCAAUUAGGAGUUGAAUUCUUUGAUGAAAAGCUCAAUACAUUAUGUAUGACAUGGCUUGUGGACCAAGUUUACGCCAUUCGUGAAGCUGCAACCCAAAAUUUAAAAAAAUUAGUUGAAAAGUUUGGUCCAGAAUGGGCUACAAACACCGUAAUACCAAAAGUUAUUCAGAUGUCUAAAGACCAAAAUUAUCUCCAUAGAAUGACAUGUUUGUUCAGUAUCGAUGAUCUGGCGGGUAUCUGUGGAGCUGAUAUAACAACUAGGCUGAUGCUUCCCACCGUUUUGACUUUAGCUAAUGAUAAUGUUGCAAAUGUCCGGUUUAAUGUGGCAAAAGCUUUACAAAAAAUCGGCUCCACACUUGAUCAGAGUACACUCCAAAACAUGGUGAAACCUGUUCUAGAAAAGUUAAAUACCGAUUCUGAUCCCGAUGUCCGUUAUUUUGCUAAUGAAGCGAUCGUUACCCUUCAAUCAUCUGGACUAAUGUGAUGCCACUUGUAUAGAAGGAAUGAAAAAGAUUAAUCAAGAUCUCGUCGUGUGUGUUUGUAUUUGUGUCUAAAUAACGUAAGGGGAAUAAAAGUGGAAAUUGUAAAAUUCAA